CACAGCAGGAGGGGCGUCAGUCCAGAACACAAACUUCUCAGAGAACCGCGAGGAAACAUCACAAAGUGGCUCGCGCUCUUCCAGAAUUAACUUUUAGAACUUAUGUCGCUGCCAGAAUAUAAAGGAAUACGGAUUCCAGCUCAAUAACAUCUCCUGAACACAUUUAGCGAUUGAAGGUUAAUUUUUUUUUUUUACCACGAACAACGGAUUAGUUUAGUAGACAGCUGCCUUUCUUCAUAGUUGUGACGGACAGCAGUGGACGCUUUGCUGGGGAAGGACCUCUUCAUUGUAAACGCCUUUACAUUUUUCUUAAUGGAGGAACAUUUUUAUUGUGCUUAAGCUUUUUUCUUUUAGUGUUUAGUUUUAACCGGUGAAUAUUCACAGCAGAUGCUUGCCUAUUCCAUAUAGAUUUGGUAUAAAACAUAAAGUUAAUUUCUUUGGUACUUUAAUGAAUACAUCAGGUGGUAACUGACCACGUUCAAGUUGGAAAGGAUGGCCGGCGUGGUGCGCACACUGAGCCGGUGUCUGUUGCCAGCUGAGGCCGCUCACGAUGACAGGAGUAACGGGAAAGCACGAGACCGCGACGCGAAGCGACGCAGUCGCGAGAUCGACGCCAUGAUCGCGCGCGAGAGACGCUCGGUGCGGCGUCUGGUGAAGAUCCUGCUGCUGGGCGCCGGAGAGAGCGGCAAAUCCACCUUCCUCAAACAAAUGAGGAUCAUCCACGGGAAAGAGUUUGACCAGAAAGCGCUGCUCGACUUCAGGGACACCAUCUUUGAGAACGUCAUUAAGGGGAUGCGGGUACUGGUGGAUGCCCGAGACAAACUUGGCAUUCCCUGGCAGAACUCUGAGAACGAGAAGCACGGCAUGUUUGUUAUGUCCUUCGAAAAUAAAGCAGGCAUGCCUGUCGAACCCUGCACCUUUCAACUGUAUGUCCCAGCCCUGCAGACACUCUGGAAUGAUAGUGGCAUUCAAGAAGCCUAUGGCCGACGGAGUGAGUUUCAGCUGAGUGAAUCAGUGAAAUAUUUCCUGGACAACUUGGAUUGGAUUGGACAACUGAAUUAUGUACCGAGCCGACAGGACAUCCUGUUGGCCAGGAAGGCCACCAAGGGAAUUGUGGAGCAUGAUUUUGUCAUUAAGAAGAUCCCUUUUAAGAUGGUAGAUGUGGGCGGCCAGCGCUCUCAGAGACAGAAAUGGUUUCAGUGCUUUGACGGCAUCACCUCCAUCCUUUUCAUGGUGUCCUCCAGCGAGUACGACCAGGUGCUGAUGGAAGACCGCCACACCAACCGUUUGGUGGAGUCCAUGAACAUCUUUGAGACCAUAGUCAACAACAAGCUCUUUUCCAAUGUGUCCAUAAUCCUCUUCCUCAACAAGAUGGACCUUCUGGUGGAGAAGGUACGCCAAGUCAACAUUAGCAAAUACUUUUCCGACUUCAGAGGAGACCCUCACCGACUGGAGGACGUGCAGGCCUAUCUUGUGCAAAGCUUCAACCGCAAACGUCGCAACCGCAGCAAGCCACUUUUCCACCACUUCACCACUGCCAUUGACACUGAGAACAUUCGCUUCGUCUUUCAUGCUGUCAAAGACACAAUUCUUCAGGAGAACCUUAAAGACAUAAUGUUGCAGUGACUUUUACGGUAAUUUUUUAUCAGUUUUGCCGUUGUUUGAGUCCGUUUCCCAUCCGAUUGCAGGGGGAAAAAAAUGCCUUCUGGGUUUCAUUUGAACCUAUUUUGCCUUGACAACUGUGCAGGAGAAACAUCAUGUGUCAGUUAAUCAUGCACUCCAAUAUCCAGUCCUUUAUAUUUGAGACAUGGUGUAUAAAAAUGACAUGAAUCUCUCUUUGUCCUCAUUCAUUUUAAUGUGUUUUAAGACACUGUGGAUGGUAGAAAAGUCAAGAAAAUUAAAGGGUAUUACAGUUUGUCACAAAGAAAAUGAAGCAGACUGAUAAUUAAUCACCACAGAGAAUUUCCACCUCUUUUCUCAAGGAUAUCUCAAUGCACAAUAACGUUACACUGGCUCAUUUCACAAAUAACAUCCUAAAUAUCAAUAGCAAACCUGCACUGAACACCCUGAUUGAACAAGUAGUUAAUUUCAUGUCACUAGACAGGUUUAUUUUUAUCUAACAUUUAAAUCACAUUUUGCUUAUUCUAUACUUGUGAGUUUAUAGAUGACAUGCAAAAUUCUCAUUAACAACUUAGCAGGGUUUUUGUACAUAGAGUGAAUAGCAGCUUUUGUACGUUACCUGUCUCUUCUGCUUUUUAUGUGUUUCUUCAUGUUAAGCUACAAGCUUUGAAGUAUAGAGUAGGGUCAAAUCACUGGUAAUGCCUAACACAACUAACUUAAAUAAUGCAUUAAUGGUAUUCUUUAAAUGUCAUUGUACAGCAAAUGUACUUUAUGAGUAUUCAUAUGAUGUAAAUCCUCUCGAAAUGUAUGUAACCUGUGUAGUUUAUGACUUUACAAGGAGAUUUCAGAGGGAGCCAAGCCUGUUUGGGGACUGAGUUUUAUUCUCUGGAUCUUGAUGAAUGUGAACAGCUGGGGGCUUUUGG